GUUGCGGCGCGGCGGCGGCGGCGGAGGUGGCGGCCGGCGGGCCCGGGCGGCGGCAUGCCGCGGGACAACAUGGCCACGCUCAUCCAACGCAUCGCCCGCCAGGCGCGGCUAACCUUCUGCCGCGGCGGAGGCGGGGGCGGCGCGCCCGAGGCCGGGUUCCCCGAGAACCUGCAACAGCUGCAACAGCUGCUGAGCCAGCUCCGCGCCGAAGACCUGAACAUCAGCCCGCGGCGUACCGCGCUGCCCUCGCCCCCGGCCCGGCCGCCCCACCUGCCUCCAGUCACCUACAUGCACAUCUGCGAGACGCCCGAUUUCAGCCUGGGCGUGUUUCUGCUCAAGAGCGGUACGUCCAUCCCACUGCACGAUCACCCCGGCAUGCACGGCGUACUCAAGGUGCUCUACGGCACGCUGCGCAUCAGCUGCCUGGACCCGCUGCCUCCCGGGGGGCCGGGAGACCCCGGCGCGCCGGGGGAGGGGCAGCCGCCUCCACCGUCUGCCCCGCCCCGCUUCGACCCCCCGCUGCGCCCCGGUCAGCGCGCCGUCGUGCGGCGGGCACUGUUGCGCUCCCGCGCCGAGUACACCGAAGCCAGCGCGCCCUGCCUGCUCAGCCCGCAGCGCGACAACCUGCACCAGAUCGACGCCGUGGACGGGCCCGCCGCCUUCCUCGACAUCCUCGCUCCACCCUACGACCCCGACGACGGCCGCGACUGCCACUACUACCGGCUCCUGGAGCCCGCCGCACCUGCCUGCACCGUCGCUCCCGGGCCCGGACCCGCACCCGCUCCCGGCCCGGCCGCGCCUCCACCCGUGCCCCGGGAAGUAUGGCUCCUCGAAACGCCUCAGGCCGCCGACUUCUGGUGCGAAGGCGAGCCCUACCCGGGCCCCAAGGUCACUCCGUGAGCCGGUCGCCCCGGCGGAGUCUUCGCGCGCCCAUCACUCGCAAGCCAUGUGCCCCGCUGUCUCUCCUCCGGGGGCCGCGGGGUCUGAUAAUCUAGGUGCAAGUAAAUUAGUUGGGAAAGCAGCCUCCUUUUUUUCCUUUUUUUUUAACGGGACGGGGUGAAGUCCACUCUCGGCCGCGGGGCGCCGAGGGGUGGGCAGCGUGCGUCCGUCCCACUCGUCCUCGCCCCGCCCCGCCGCGUCUGCGGGCCCGGCGCUGUGUCCGCCAGACGCGGCCCGGCGCGUUUUUUAGGCUUCCGGGCGACUGAAUGUAGUCCACGGCCUCCCCCUCCCCCCCUACGCCGGAGCUCUCCUGGGGAUAAGGGGGGUGGGUGGGCGGGGGCCGGGGCCGGGCUCCGGGAGAGGGCCCCGGGCGGGGAGCGCCAGGGCCGGGCCGGGGCCUCGGCUCGGGGGCCGGGGAAUUUUUUUAACUGGGCUACUGAGCAGCUUCUUUGUUAUUCCGAUGUCGGAGACGAUGGCUUGGGGCGUCUGGAGCCCUGUUGUUUCCCUCUUUAUACUAUUUAUAGAGUUUACUUUUUCAUAAAACUUUUAAUAAAAACGAGUUGUAGAAAUAAACUACUUACAAACCUGCCCGGCUGUCGUGUAAGCAGUCUUGAUUGACUUGCCCACGUGGGGAUGUGUGAGUUCCAGCCUUGCUAAUAAAGGGAAAUAUUUUGUAGUUGGUGAAAGCUGGUGUUCAUCCUGCAGGGAAACUCUGUGCCUAUACCUCCCUAUGCAUACCGGCUCACCCAGGCCCAAGUGCGGGGGCCCCGAUUCCAAGGGGAUCCCUUUAUUUCUUAUAUUUUAAAUGCCUGCUGAACUUAACGGCAUACUACUGCUCUGGGACUCGGACACAUCCCCACGUCUUCUUUUCCAUGUGGACUAAUUGUGGCGGGGGGAGCUCACGUUGUGUUCAGAUCUUUUUUAUUGUAGUCUGAUAUCCUAGUGUGUGAUUUAAGACACCUUUCGACCAUUCGGGGCAGCUCUUUACUUAGCUCAGAAAGCUCAACUAUUAAGUACAAUAACUGCUAUAUAUGCAACUCAAUUUACUUAACAGAAGCAUUAACAUAACAAAAAUGUGUUCAUUUGGUAUUUUUUUGGGCACAGUGAUGAAUGUAUUAUGGUAUGAUUAUGGCAUACCUCCUUUUGGAAAUACAUUGUAGAACAGAAGCCAUUAACUAAGAUAAAGUGUUACUUGUAAUUUAUGUCACGUUUUACAGUAAUUCAACUGAUUCUUUAAAUGUGACUUUUGCUAACUCGUUCAGCAGAGGACUGUUGUGACGGCUGGGUUCUGCCUUAUUCUUCAGAAUUCCAUUCAGUAAAUGAAUAAUAAGGUUCUUACACAAGCAGCAGCUUUUGGAAAGGCUUGAGUGUUUUUCAAAAGUUUCCCUAAAAUUGCCAUUGCCCAGAAAAGGAUGAGUAUUGCUUGUUUGGGGUUUUUGUGGAUGAUUGUUCUAUGAGAUGGACACGGCUUGCCUUUGGUCCUCUAGAGCAGUGCUUCAGGUGUGGUCAGCAGCAAUGACAACCAAAUAUACCUUUCUAGAGCUUCCUGGGACUGAGCAGGCCACUGAGGAAGAGAAUCCUUCACUAAAGACUUGAGGGCCAAAGGAUUGGGCUGGCACCUUGAGGCACUGAACUGACUCCAGAUGCUGCUAAUUCGUGCUCCCUCCAACCCACAUGGACCGUUUAACAACCAGACAGAAGCUUAAUGUGGUAUCGUGGACGGCACCUACCCCUCAGAAGACAGGGUGUUUCUUGUUCAUUAAAACAUAAUAGACAAUGAGCACACAGAAAUGAAUCGUUAAAACUUUUUUCUGUUUAAUACAAAAAUGCAAUAAUUUCCUCUUACGGGUGAGAAGUAUUCAAUAUAAAUGUUUCAAAAGUUCUUCCUCUCUUCCUCUUGACUAAUACUCUUGAGUGAAAGAUCAUAUGUAUACUUAAUCUUUUGCAAGAACUGUCUUUAAUAAGCAUGCUUUGCAUGGAUUAAAAUGUGCCUGAGUUGCUAUUUGUUAAUGAAAGUGCAGUGUAUUCAAGUAGCAUGAAUGUUCUCUAUAGAAUGGAUUCCUUGAACUUUGACAUUAACAGUUGUAACUUCCUUGAGUCUACCUGUUUGAUCUCUUUGACAUUCAUUUUCCUUAAAACUGCUUCAGCCAUGUCAGUACUUGCUGAUCCAUUCCUCUUGGUUCUGUGACCUGUUGUGCUAGUUCUACUGCCCAGAAAAGAAGCAAUAUUUUGUUUAAUUUAGAACAUUUUAGCCUCCAAUGUUCCAUUGUGAUCACACAGUGAAAACUGAUGCUACUCCACUUUAAUGAUCUAGGAAUGAGAGCUUGGAGAUUCCAACCAUUUCAAGAGUAGGUGACAAUUAGAAUAGAGUGAUUGAUUAUUUACAAUACACUGAAGCAUCUGGUGUCAAACACAAACUGCUGAGUCCAUCCUAGAUUCUGCUGCUUCUAUUGGGACUGUUUGGAGUUUCUGGAUUUAAGUGUUAGAAUAAAUAUUCACUAUAUCUUUUGGCAAAUAGAGAUGUAAAAUGUUUGACUUGUACAUUUUAAUUGCUUAUUAAAGAAUGCUUAGACCAAGGGUUCUUAACCUUUUUUUUUUCCUGUCUUGGACUGCUCACAAUGAUGUUUUUGAAUGCAUAAGAUACAUAGUUAUGACCAAAAAAACAAAGAACACUUGAUCAGUUGACAAAAAAAAUUUUUUUAAGUUCAGGGAUACCAGGUUAAGAACCCUUAGCAUAGAACAUAACUUCAUGUGGGGAAACCAUUUCCCUGCCCAAAUAACAUCAGCUUCCAUAAAACCCAUUCGACAAAUCCUUCGAACUCUAGCUUUAAGACAUCAGAUGAAAAACAGCUGAGACUGCAAUUUAAAAGCACAAUUAUUUGCUUCAACAGAUGAGACUGCUUUUUUUUUCUAUUUAACAAGAAAUCUGUGUAUCAUUGAAGAAAGAAACUGACUUAAGUUUCUUUCCUUCUCUCAUUUUGCGCCGCACUCUUUCUGAGACCAGGCUGGCUUUUUGCAUCUCCAGCAGCAUAGUGCUUCCUGCUGACCAGCUUUCCCUCCCCCAUCUCCCUUAAAAUGGCCAUCAGCUGGCAUGCCAGUGUGAAUAUUUACAUGCCAGUUUAAUUUCUUCCCUUUUCCCCAGCUGUUGGGAUGCUGAAAUAAAGGAGCAUACUGGUUUCAACUCUUCAAA